CAACUCCUGCCCCUUUCCCCUCCUCUCUCUAUAUGGAGCGUGGACCUGAAAUUUGAACUCAAGACACCUCUCCUUUUUUUUUUGUAAACAAAAAAAAACCACCUUUUCCAUAUUCCCUCUCUCUUCUUCUUCUUCCCUUUACUCUCUGAUCAAAAAAAUCAAAACUUUGGGUUCAACAACACCUUUCCUUCAAUAGGGUUUAUUGGUUCAAUCUCAAUCUCAGUAGAAUCUAGAAUUAUCCAGAGUGAUUUUCAGAGUUUUGAGGUAUGGGUUUUUUUAUUAGGGUUUAUGGGUAUGAUUGCAAAGUUGCAAAUGACCCUCCUAUAGUGUGAUAGUGUUAGUAGUUCACAAGGGUCAAAGUUUGAAACUUUGGUAGAAAAUUUGAGGUUUUGGGGUUUUUAAGGUUCUGGGGUGUUCUAGAUAUGAUCAAACAGAUGCUUAGUAAAUUACCACGCAGGCCUUCAAAAUCAUCUCACAGUGAUUCUAAUAGUGAUGGAGGGGUGGUCAAUGAUGGGGUUGGUUCCAAUGUCACCUUGAAAAUCAAUUCAGCUUCUUCAAAAUCUUUGAAUUUCGGUUCGGGUGGGUCGGAUGAGGGGAAUUGGACUUUUGUACUGCCCUCUACGAGUUCAGGUAAAACAAACCAAGCUAAGCUUAGUAUAAUACCACCACGCAAGCCUUCGAAAUCAGCUCCUGCAGUUGCAUCUCAAGUUGGUUCUGUAAUGGCUCAAAGUGUUUAUGAGGCUUUGCCGGCUUUUAGAGAUGUUCCUAGUUCAGAAAAGCCGAAUCUUUUUAUCAGGAAGUUGAGUAUGUGUUGUGUUGUGUUUGAUUUUAAUGAUCCUGCGAAGCAUCUUAAAGAGAAGGACGUCAAGAGGCAAACUUUGCUUGAGCUUGUUGAUUAUAUUUCGUCCGUGAAUUCGAAGUUCAAUGAAUUGACAAUGCAGGAGGUCACGAAGAUGGUGGCGGCAAACUUGUUUCGAACUCUGCCGUCUUCUAAUCAUGAUGGUAAGGUUGCAGAUGCUUAUGAUGUUGACGAAGAGGAACCCACGUUUGAACCAGCAUGGAGUCAUCUGCAGAUUGUGUAUGAAAUUCUCUAUAGGUUUGUGGCUUCAUCAGAGACAGAUGCGAAGCUUGCUAAACGAUACAUUGAUCAUUCAUUUGUGUUGAAACUUCUUGACCUCUUUGACUCUGAGGACCAAAGAGAGAGGGAAUACUUGAAGACUAUUCUCCACCGCAUUUAUGGGAAGUUCAUGGUACAUCGGCCUUUCAUUAGGAAAGCUAUCAACAAUAUCUUUUACCAGUUCAUGUUUGAGACUGAGAAACACAAUGGAAUUGCAGAGUUGCUGGAGAUAUUGGGAAGCAUAAUUAAUGGAUUCGCUCUACCUUUGAAAGAAGAGCAUAAGCUGUUCCUUGUCCGUGCUCUGAUCCCUCUUCACAGGCCGAAGUGUGUCUCUAUGUAUCAUCAACAGCUUUCCUAUUGCAUCACUCUAUUUGUUGAAAAAGAUGUCAAGUUAGCAAAUACGGUGAUUAGAGGCAUUUUGAAAUAUUGGCCCGUUACUAAUAGUUCAAAGGAGGUAAUGUUCCUUGGUGAACUGGAGGAAGUUUUAGAAGCCACUCAACCCGCAGAAUUUCAGCGAUGUGUGGUGCCAUUGUUUCGUCAAAUUGGUAGAUGCCUCAACAGCCUACACUUCCAGGUUGCUGAAAGGGCACUGUUUCUGUGGAACAAUGAUCAUAUUCGAAAUUUGAUAUUACAAAACUGCAAAGCAAUACUACCUAUAAUCUUGCCUGCUUUGGAGACAAAUACACAGGGCCACUGGAACCAAGCAGUUCAGAGUUUGACCCUGAACGUGAGAAAAAUAUUCUCAGAUGCUGACCAGGCACUUUUUGAUGAGUGCUUGAUGAGAUUCCAAGAAGAUGAAAUCAAUGAACGGCAGAAGCAAGAGAAGCGGGAAUCCAUCUGGAAGAAAUUGGAAGAUGUGGCGGCAUCGAAGGCUGUAAGCAAUGAACCCGUCCUUGCCUCAAGAUUCAUGUCCUCUGUAGCCAUUUCUACUAGGAGCUAAAGUGAAUGCAUUCAAUUGGAGGUAUAGCAUGCUUUAACUUUUUGCAAGUAACUGGAGGGUGGGGUUUCUGGCUCAUCCUUUGUGCUUUUUAUCUAUGAGGCUCUUGAACCAAGUGAUGAAUAUGUUCUGUUAAGGGAUGUAGUUUAUAAUGGGCGCGGCAUGUUUAGAUUUUUAGCCAUUGAGAUUGUGCAGUGCUACAAAAGCAAUCAUUUCUGUUAUUUCCAGCCUUUUGCAGUAAAAGAUCUUAACCCAUGUUUAUAUCUACUUUCUUCUGUGAGUUUGCUACUUGCCUAUAUUUACUGAACUGGCUGUUAUGGCAGUUUAAUUUUUGAA